AUGCGGCCUGCGAGCAGACUUGGUCACACAAACACAACACACAAGGGGGCGUGACAAAACCAAAGUCCCGGCGAGGGCGGCAGAGCCCCCGGUGCGUAUCCUAUUAUCCUCUGGCUGCCCUAUAAAUAUCAUCCAUGUCAUUAGAUGCAUGAGGCAGCAGCUCAUACAGCAUUCUUGCAGUUUCAGCUACCUAGUACGGUAUGCACUGCUUCGCAUCCCCCUCGAGCAGUCUUUCUUUUCACGCAACGUAUAUCGAUUCUCCGUCUCCAUCUAACUGUUGGUCACUGAACACAUUUGUGCUGCAGAUUGAUCUUGGGAUAGCAGGUUUGAAAGAAGCAACAAAGAAGAAGAGGAAGCAGAAGAUGAGCACCAUCAAGACGUCGUGGCCGGAGGUGGUGGGCUGGCCGGCGGCGCAGGCCGUGACCCAGGUCAACACCGACAGGCCUGACGUCGCGAUCGAGGUGCUCCCGUCUGGCACCAGCGUGUCCCCGGGGUUCAGUAGCACGCGCGUUCACGUCUUCUUUGAUGGGACUGGCAGCGUUGCGGCCACUCCACAGGUCGGUUAGGCCCGGCCGCCGCCUUGCUGGGGCAAUCCUCUUUUAAAAAAACAAAAAAAAACUGAAGGGGCAUUUGAUUUUAUCAAUGUACUCUGUUAAGAAUGGAGCCCUUGGCUACUUCGAGGGUUUUUUUUGGCAUGGUUGGCUACUUCGAGGUUGGGUAUGUACUCUUUAUAGUUUUUUGUAAAGGAAUGUACUCUUUACCGUUGUACUGUCUUUAUGUGUGAUGUUUUGAGAUAAUAAAAUAUCUUUUAUACAAGAAAUUAAAUGAGGACCAUUGUGGACGGAGCUGGCAUACUGUAAUUGUAUAAUGGGCUUGGACUUGAGUAAACGCAACAAAUGUUGGUGAUUCAACAAAAAAAAUAUAACAUGGUACUGUUUAUCACAUGGUUUGACAAUAUAGGUUUAGAAUGGGUGAUUCCAGUGCCCUUUUUUCCGGAUUAGCCCAUCUUGAUGCUUAA